UUAUAAGAAAUAGUGGAAAAUGUGUGAAAAUUGAGUAGACAAAGUAAUACAAACAUGCCUGCACAAGAAAUUGCAGUUAUACAACCACCAGCGACUGAGGGUGAAGAAAAUAAUGCACCCUCGUCGCAACCGAUCGUUGGCAUUAUUUACCCUCCACCGGAGGUUAGAAAUAUUGUUGAUAAGACGGCCAGUUUUGUGGCCAGAAAUGGACCAGAAUUUGAAUCCAGGAUCAGACAAAAUGAACUUGGCAAUCCAAAGUUUAAUUUCUUGAACUUUGGUGAUCCGUAUCAUGCGUAUUACCAACACAAAGUAAAAGAAUUUAAAGAAGGCAAAGGGCAAGAACUAACUUUAGGACAAGGGUUGGGAAAAGCUGUUAAUUUAGCAGCUCAUCAAAAGCAACAAGAAAUUUUAAAACAAGUUGAACAACCAUUUGUUCCAAAAGAUCCACCUAUAGAAUUUGAAUUUAUUGCUGAUCCACCUUCUAUUUCAGCUUUAGAUUUAGAUAUUGUAAAACUGACAGCACAAUUUGUAGCCCGUAAUGGUCGUCAAUUUUUAACUAAUUUAAUGAACAGAGAACAGAGGAAUUUUCAGUUUGACUUCUUACGGCCUCAGCAUUCCUUGUUCCAAUACUUUACAAAACUCUUGGAGCAAUAUACAAAAGUAUUAAUUCCACCUAAAGAUUUAUUGCCACGUCUCCGAGAUGAGGCAGCCAACAUGGACAAAAUUUUAGAUCAAGUGAAAUAUCGUGCUGAAUGGUUAAAAUACCAAGAAGCUCAAAGACGUAAAGAAGAGGAAGAAUUAGAACGUGAAAGAGUAGCUUAUGCGCAAAUUGACUGGCAUGAUUUUGUUGUGGUUGAAACUGUUGAUUACCAGCAGUUUGAAGUUGGUAAUUUCCCAGCACCAACAACACCAGAUGAAGUUGGUGCUCGAGUACUUAUGCAGGAAAGAAUAGAAGACGGCGAGGAUGUAGAAAUGCAGAUCGAUAGCGAAGGAGAGGAUGAAAUGCAAAAUCGUACUGAAGGUGAAAAGGAUCGCGCGAAAGAUAAUAAUCAAGUACAAGAUAUGGAAGAAGAUUCUAGCGAUGAAGAUGAUGUGUCACCUCCAGGUGAUACUCACAAAUCGAAAGAAUCGAAACCACGUGACAGUAAUAAUAUGCAGCCUCCGCCGUUGCCUCCUACUCCAGGAAAUGUUGUAGUGAAGAAAGGAUAUGAUCCUAAACAGCAUGCAACCAAAACUGUACGUCCUGUUGCUCCUGAUGAAUACCUGAUAUCUCCAAUUACGGGAGAACGCAUUCCAGCGAGUAAAGUUCAAGAACAUAUGCGUAUUGGAUUGUUAGAUCCACGUUGGGUGGAACAAAGAGAUAAACAUCUCGAUAAAUUAGCACAAGAAACAGUAUUCGCUCCUGGCACUGCGAUUGAGGCUAGUUUGAAACAACUCGCCGAACGACGUACCGAUAUUUUCGGUGUCGGUGACGAAGAAACCGCCAUCGGUAAGAAAAUCGGUGAGGAAGACAAAAAGAAAGACGACAAGGUCACGUGGGAUGGACACACAUCGAGUGUCGAAGCAGCGACUAGAGCUGCCAGAGCAAACAUUACUUUGGAGGAUCAGAUUCAUCAAAUACACAAAGUUAAAGGACUUCUUCCUGAUGAAGAGAAAGAAAAGAUUGGGCCAAAACCCGCAAAUCGUGCAGCAGAAUUAUCACAUAUGGCGGCAGCUGCUUCGAAACCACAAGCUACGUUGAAGGCACCACCAAAACCACCAGCACCGAAACCGGUACCAGUUCCUACACAACCACCACCGCCGCCAACCAUGAGCAUGCCCACUAUGGGUAUUCCUCAACCAAUGAUGCCACAACCACAGAUGAUGAUGAUGGCUCCUAUGCCUCCCAUUCGACCACCCCCUCUUAUGACACCUGCGAUGUCACCGUUUAUGCCAACUCCACCACCGAUGCAACCGCCAAUGGCAUCUGCUAUUGGAAUGAAACAUCCUACUGAACCUAUGGACGAAGAACCUCAGACUAAGAAAUUAAGAACAGAAGAUUCAUUAAUACCCGAGCAGCAGUUCUUGGCUAGGAAUAAGGGUCCUGUUCAAUUGAGCAUAGCUGUACCAAUGAUGGCAGAGAAAGCAGAAUGGAAGUUGAAUGGUCAGACAUUAAAUAUUACUUUACAAGUGAGCGACACUGUGGCAACGAUGAAAGCUCUUUUACACGAACAAACCGGAAUGCCUCCUGGUAAACAGAAGUUGCAGUAUGAGGGAAUGUUUUUCAAAGAUAGCAAUACUCUUGCGUACUAUAAUUUAACAUCCGGUAAUGUUAUUAAUCUUCUACCGAAGGAAAGAGGUGGUAGAAAGAAGUAAAACUGAAAAAUAUGUAAUUGCAUUUUCUAUGGUUUUACAUUACCUAUGCAUAAAUAGAAUUUUAAUCUGAACUGCACAAUCUGGA